GCGGCUUCACGACGGCCCGCCCACGACACGACUCGUCUACGCACCAGCGUCUGCAUUUUAUCGAAGCCCCCUCUACCUUUGUGGCCGCCAUGGCGACCACUGCUUCUCACAAUGGUCGCCAACAGCACAUGCCUUCUGCGUCGCACGGCCCCGUACCGGGCUCGCCCACUCUGACGAACCCCGACAUGAUCUUGCCCGACUACGAGAUGCCAGACUCUCCCGAGGCGCUGCCACAAUCCGUGAUCACAUCAUGGAGGGACCCGAACCUUGAUCAGCUGGACUUUCAACUACAAUCGCAAAACAAUUUCGGGUCUAUCCCAACUACGACCCCCAUCAUCUACGGCAAUGGAACAAUGCUAUCAGAUAUUGGCGAGGUCACCGAGGUGGAAAGCAACGCCGGUACAGGGCCAAGGAGGGCCUCGUCACGAUACUCUGCAUACACCGACGCCGAGACUUUUGGUGGCUCGCCCACACUGCUGAACAAGGGAUUUCAGCGCAGAUCAACUAUGGAUCGGGAACGAAGGUCUUCGGUGGACUCAACAAGCACAGUCACCACGCAGCGAAAUGCGUUCGGUGACUUUGACGACUCCAUGAGCGUCGGAGAUAGCUGUUUCCAAGGCGAUGACGAGGAAAGUAUGGCAUCCGAGUUUGUCGAGGGCACAAAUCCGAAUCAGACACGCAUAAGACCACAGCACAAAAGAGAGGGAGACGCCAAGUACGCCACGACGGAUAUAGGCCAAAGGGCAGAGCAAAUUCUGGCCAAUGCCAAGCGCAGGUUGACGGCAAUGGAAGGCAAUCUGUCCCGUGCGAGGAGCUCGUUGGGUUACUCGGAUGGAUCAACGCCGUCCCCCCAGUUGGGCCGUUCUGCUAGUGCGAUACGAGACGGAGCUGCUGCGACAUCACUCAGCCACUCCAGGAUCAAGAGUGAAGAUGGCAUUGGUGACUUGAAGCAGAUGCCAGCUUUGGCGCAAAGGUCGGCCAGUGCCAUGGGCGCCGCUGGGGGUUACCGGCAGCCGUCGCUGCGCACGAAGCAAGCAGAGACUGAGCUUCCUCCAUCGCGACUUGCGUACGGCAUUUCUCAACAUCCCUUGGAUACCACACUGGAGCCGCUGAGCGAGGACGACGACGAGCAGCAAAGCACGGGACCAACCAACAGUGCGCGCAAUAGUAUGCGUGACAGUCACUUGAUUCCGUUCCUGCUCAGUCCAACUUUUGGUGCGGACCCUGAUCGAGGAUUGACCAGGUCGGCUUCUGUGGCGCAGAUGAGGGACAUUCAGGAUCAGAUGCAGGGCCUCCGCGGAAAGAUCUCGACGCUGAAACAGCAAGCAAGGGCUGAUAGCCUCAAGCGACGGAGUCUUCAGAGUCUCCGGACUCCAAGCCCGUUCACCCACGCUCGGUGGGAUGGCGGCUAUGUUGGCACGCGCUCGCUUCGGUCGAGCAGUUCAUCUCGUGAGGGAACGCCGACAGGGUUGCGUACGACUGAGACCCAGUCCCCCAUACAAGAAAUGGAAGGGCCCGAAAGGGAUGAGCCUGCUGUGGGCGAUGUGCAGCCUGGUGAUGAGAUGGAACCUUCGCCAGAAGAAGCGACAGUACCUCAACAUCAACCAGCUUCUGUAUCACCUGCGGCAGCACCGUCGCAGAACGACGACGAAUCUCGUCCGCAUGACUUCACCAAUGAUAGCAAUGAUGAUAUGCGCACAGAAAAUGGCGAUUCCGAUGGCUCGAACGAGGAGGAGGAAGCCUUCGAUGACGCCCGAGCGGAGGCAUCAGAUUGGGGGAGUGAGAGUGGGGAGUCGACGUAUCACGACACUUUCCAGCACCAAGUCUCGCAUGAGGAUCGCGAAGAUGCUUUCGACUACGAGCAUUUCUUCCUCCACUCGGCUCUUGGCAGUAUCAGCCGCCAGCACAGGGAGAGCGACUCUGAAAGCGAUGUUUCGGACGACUCUGUCGAAACGACGCGGGGGCCCAUUCCCACCCCGUCGAGCAUGUCUUUCCGCUCAGCCAUGUCACGGAAGAGACAGAGCGUGGAUACUACAGCUUCGGACGACACCUUUGCCACGGCGACCGAGGGUCGCGCUAGCCGCAGCUCAACCUUCAAGACUGAGCUGGGCUUAGGCAUAGACAGCUAUGACGAGCUGCCGCCUCUGGAAGAGGAACGCAGCAACGCCGGUGACGACGCUCAGAUGAAUGAGAUGCCCAAAAACAGGCAGAGGCAGAACUCGGUGCUCUACCGUCCGACCAGCGCUGCGCAGGCCGAUCGCCUGCACCGGCCCUCCAUCUCCUCCUUCGAGUCCACGGGAACGAAUCGCAGCUUCCCCCUUGUGAACAAGGCCAAGCUCAACGGCGGUGUCCUUACGCCAGGCGGGUCUCCAGAUCCCAUGUUUACCAAGAUGUCAGAGGCUCUCAUGAACGACACCACCCGUGCCCUUGGCAACGGCGACUCAGCAACAGCCUUGCGGAGUCUCCACAAGGAUGACCAGUUCAUGGUUGAGCGACUGGUGGCCAGCAUUGGGAAAUGUGCCCUUGGGCUAAGUGAAGCCUCGAUGGCCAGUACCGAGGCACGUGUCUUGCGGCGCAGGAUGGACGCGGCCCGCCGCAUAUUGGAAGGCUUGGAUGACCCUUGAUGCAUAGCAGCGCAGACAACGCCAAGUCGUGCUUUUACAGCGUUUGUAUACUUUAUGGCGGGAGGUGGCCUGUAUAUUUUGCC